CUCGGCUGCGGGCGGGCGCGGGAGGCCCCGGCGGCGCGCGGUGCGCUCGGCCGAGAGCAGAUAUAAUUCAGUUGGAAGAACGUAUGGCUGGCAAAUAGUAGGAAAGUCACUGCUCUUUUGGAAGCCUCCCAUUCCAUUUCACCAGGACUUUCCAGCCAAAUCUUGCUGAAAACUCUGUGUGUGUGGUGUUAGUUAGCUGUGGAGUUCUUACACCUGAGCUGGCAGCCUCUGGAGGUGGUUGUGAGUGCAGAACGUGUUGUCUUGACAUUGCGUGGUUCAGUGCUCUGUCGUGACAUGUGGCACAUUUCUAGAGCCAAAUGAAAACUCCGCAGUGUGAGGAUGUGCACACUUCAGCUGGGGGUGUUGGCACUCCUGUGAGCACUCCUGUGGACAUGUGAAUUCAUUCUUUAUGGAGUUGGGCCAGCAUCUGCAUUGUAGCUCGUGGGUUUUUGUGCCAUUCACCUGACAGCACGGGUUGUUUCCCUGCUUGCUCUGCUCUGGCAGAAUGCAAAUGGUGUUCUUGCCUCUGGCCCCUCAGAAUAAAAGAUGCCUUGGCCACUUGCACAGAUUGUGUUCUGUUUGGUCUGCUUUCCUGUGUACAGUAAACAGUCUUUCUUGUAUUAAUUUGGAAGUGUCUCCGUUGAUUUCAAGUUCCAACAACUUAUGUUGUCCUACUUUACAAAAUCUCACCUGUUCCUGUUACCAUCUGCUCAAUCAGGUCUGGCUACUUUUCAUUGUGUUCCUUUUGUUCCCUCAGUGUAGGGCUGUGCAAAAAGCUUCUAAUUUCUUUUGUGUCUUUUUCCAGCUCAGGAGGCUCAGCUAAUAUGUCUUCUGUACUCAUGCAUCUUUUUCCUUUGUGCGUUUUGUGAGAGCGUCUCAGGUGCUGCCUGUGAGAAACUUGUGGAUUCAUGUGUCUUACAAAGCUUUUUGUUUUGCCAAAGCUUCUGAAGAAAUAUCAGAUGGUAGCAGAUUUAUUUCACUGUUGCCCUUCAAAAGAAAUUUAAUUAGGCAUUUGCAGCUUAAGAGACUUUCUAGUCCCUCACACAAGAAAGCUGUUGCUGUCGUGUUUAUGACGUCUAUUAAGCCAUUGAAAUGUAACCUCUUAACUUUUCCUGACUGUAAGAAAAUAUUAAUUGAAAUAAUUAGAGAUAUUUUUUGCCUUGUUGAAUAAAAGAACAUGUAAGCCAAUGAAAUUUGAUAAUGCUGUGGGAAAAAAUAGUCCUGUCCUUCCAGUGUCCUCCUCCUUGAUGUUCAUGCCAGAACAUGAAUUUGUACAGUUGUAUAAGACUAAGGAAACAAACUAGUUGGAGAAAAAUGAGCAUUUUUCAUGUGGACCUUUAUUUCCAACUUGAGGACAAGAUUGCUGUAAGGCCUGGGAAGUUGACUGGAAACAACAGGAGGGUGAAGGUUACAGCGCUGUGUGGCUUUCUAGAAGAUGACCAUAGAGGAUCUCCCAGAACCUUCCUUCGAAGGAGAUUCCCUUAUUGAAAGAGAACGGUUCUUAUUCCCAAACUCUGAAACAUCUGUUACUUUUUCUGUUGCUGCAGCACCAAUGCCUUCAGACUGUGAGUUUUCCUUCUUCGAUCCCAAUGAUGCAGCAUGCCAAGAAAUACUCUUCAACCCCAAAACAUCAGUUUCUGAAUUGUUUGCUAUCUUGAGGCAGUGGGUUCCACAGGUCCAGCAGAACAUUGAUCUUAUUGGGAAUGAGAUCAUUAAAAGGGGUUGCAAUGUGAAUGACAGAGAUGGACUGACUGAUAUGACCCUCCUGCAUUACACUUGCAAAUCAGGGGCUCAUGGCAUUGGUGAUGUUGAAACGGCUGUAAAAUUUGCAACACAGCUUAUUGCUUUGGGUGCUGACAGCAGCUUACGCAGCCGCUGGACAAAUAUGAAUGCCUUGCAUUAUGCUGCCUACUUUGAUGUUCCAGAGCUGAUCAGUGUUAUUUUGAAAAAUGCAAAGCCAAAAGAUGUGGAUGCCACCUGUAGUGAUUUUGAUUUUGGAACAGCUUUGCAUAUUGCUGCAUUUAACCUAUGCACAGGAGCUGUCAAGUGUUUACUGGAACAUGGAGCAAAUCCUGCCUUUAGGAAUGACAAAGGGCAGAUUCCAGCAGAUGUGGUUCCUGAUCCGGUAGAUAUGCCACUGGAAAUGGCAGAUGCAGCAGCCAGUGCAAAGGAAAUCAAGCAGAUACUGCUGGAUGCAGUGCCUCUCUCAUGUGACAUCUCCAAAGCCAUGAUUCCAACCUACGACCACGUCACAGGCAGGGCCAUGCUUUUAUCGCUUGGCCUGAAGCUGGGAGACCGUGUUGUUAUUGCAGGACAGAAGGUUGGUACCUUAAGAUUUUGUGGCACAACAGAAUUUGCCAGUGGCCAGUGGGCUGGUGUAGAGCUGGAUGAACCAGAAGGAAAGAACAAUGGAAGUGUUGGAAAAGUCCAGUACUUCAAGUGUGCACCAAAACGCGGUAUCUUUGCACCCCUUUCCAAAAUAAGCAAGGCUUCUGAGCACAAAAAAAGCUCUGUACGAAGCUCUUCUGUGCGGUCUUCACCUUUGGUCAAAUCCAAGAAAGUAGAUGUGACACACAUAACUUCCAAAGUGAAUUCUGGCCUAAAUAUGGCAAAAAGAGACAAUGCUUCUGAAAACAACUUCAUGACUGCUAACAGGGGAAAAACUGUACCCGCAAAAGAUGGUUUUCCUGGGUACAGCAGCUCUUCCUCUUCUACUACCUCCUUGGAAGGCAAACGGAAUUACUCCAAGAAGCGGAACUCAACGAGCAGCAGUAAAAAGGCCCUGACUCGAGUGUCUUCCGCCUCAUCUAAGAUGAGUGCUGGGCUGUAUAGCUCCCCAACCACGAGGAAAAAUGCUCUUGAUGGAGAAAUCCAGGUUGGAGACAGAGUACUGGUGGUGGGGCAGAGAACAGGCAUUGUUAGAUUUUGUGGGACAACAAAAUUUGCACCAGGAUUCUGGUGUGGAAUUGAAUUGGACAAGCCUCAUGGGAAGAAUGAUGGCUCUGUGGGAGGAGUGCAGUACUUCAGUUGCCUUCCCAGAUAUGGCAUAUUUGCACCCCCAUCUCGUGUGCAGAGACUAACGGGUUCUCUGGAUUCUCUCACAGAAAGUUCGUGGAGUAAAGGAACUCACACUUUUCCAGGUUUUAGACGCAGUCUAAGCACCACUUCUGCAUCUUCACAAAAGGAGAUAAACAGAAGAAAUGCCUUUGUUAGAUCCAAGAGCUCUGUGUUGCGGCGUAGCUGGAGCAGCAGCACUACAGCUCCCUCCGAGGGGCCCGUGAAGCUGCACGAAGGCUCCCAGGUUCUCCUGACCAGCUCCAAUGAAAUGGGGACCAUCAGGUACAUUGGUCCCACAGACUUUGCCCCAGGGAUCUGGCUGGGGCUGGAGCUCCGCAGUGCCAAGGGAAAGAACGAUGGCUCCGUGGGGGAAAAGCGCUACUUCACCUGCAAGCUGAACCACGGCGUCCUGGUGCGGCCCAGCAGGGUCACCUACCGUGGGAUUAAUGGGGCCAAGCUGGUGGAUGAUAUUUGCUGAGCCACAGUGUGCUCAUAAGGUGGGGAAUGAGUAUUUAAAAGCACAAAACAACCCCGCCUAGAAUGCAAACUUACUUUGAAAUCGUUAAAUCUGCAUUUGCAUUUUACAUAUGUAAGUAUAUAUGUAUGUGUGUGUAUAUAAUAUAUAUAUAUUUUAUAUAAAAAUAUAUAUAUAAAAGAGAUAAAAAAGAGUUCAGUUAUGUUAAGGAGUAAAACCACUGUUGAGUUUCUCUUACUUUAUCGACCCUUGCCUGGAAGGUUAUUACAGAAGCAUCUUGGGUUUAAGAUGCUGCAUCAUUUGAAAACUGUUCCAGUUGGAGAACCGAGUGUCUGCAGUGUUCUCGAAAGUUCCUGUGUGGUUCAUGCAGUAUUUAAAGGUUUUUCUCCAUGUAAUAAUGAACUGGAAAUGUUUGUGCAUUGCCUGCUUUUGACAGCAGAGGUGUUUGGUGGGUGAUGUUAGCCUGGUUCCUGGGCACUUUGUCAAUUCCAAUACCAGCUGCUAGCAAUAAGAAAGGAGGAUUAAAAAAAGAGACAACCCCCUUCCUAUCUUUUUGAAACAGUUCUUGAGUAUUUUUGCAUUUUAUCAUUCAGAUCCCUCCUCUUCUUUCCCCCUCCUCUUCUCCUCUCCAUAAUACAAAAGGGCUGAUAAAUACAAGGAUUUGCCCCUCUCUUAGUGAAGAGCAGCAAUUAAAUAAAAAGCCUUUAAAAAGCACAAAUAUGCUGCAUGUCAGUCUGUACAGUAAUAAGCACCUUUUGUUCUGCAUUUGUAGAAGGAGCUACAUAUGAGAUGCACUCUUUAAAAUAAUGCACUUUGCACUCUCCUGGAGAUCUUUCCCUCAUUUUUAGUGACUAUUUUUUUGGUCUGGGAUGCUGCAGGCAAUGAGUAUCGCAGUUGUAAAAUGCAAAUAAACCCAGAGUGGAAUAUGUAAUACCCUCAUCAUAAAUAUUAAGUGUGUAUAAAUACAGCAAGGUAAUUCCUGCCAGUGGUAUGGAACAGAUACAGGGUUUUCAAGCAAGCUGUUGCCAUUUUUUGAUUAGUUUGUGAUACAUGUUUCUUUUUGUUUGCUUUGGAACAGUUUCCAGUAUAAAUUUUUUUGUGAGAGUUUUAUGAUAAAUUAAGGAUAGUUUUAGGUACAACACUGUAAUGGGCCUUCAUGUGACAUCAGUUGCGUAUCAGCCUUUUAAAACAGCUAAUCUUUUGUCCAUGUUUUAAACAUAGAAUGUAUUUUAAUUGCUCAGCAUAUGUAAACAUUAUCUUAACUGGUUGGGUUUGUGUUCCAGAACAGUCAUUUUACUCUCAAAUGAUCUGCUUGCUCUUGCCUACUUGAAGAAGUGACACUUUAAAUAGUAAUAUCCUAUUUUUAGACAGAAUCCUGCUGCUGUAACCGUCUUUUAAAUGUUGCUGUAGCUAUUUUUCCUGAUCUGUAUUUAAAAUAAAAUAAUGCAUAUUGUAUUCUAACUUAAGGGAAUUUUUAAUUGAAUAUAAAAGCUGUAAAUUUUGAAUGUGUAAAAAAAAAAAAAAAAGUAAUGCUUUAUAUUUAGAGACACAGAUAGUGAUGUACAACUUUACUUUGUCUGUUUCUUGCUGGUAUUAAUAAAAUAAAACCCUGUUAAAUAAUA